UGAACAUACAGACCUAAAGAACCCAGUGUUGCCACAGAGGCUGACUGGAAAAACUGGAAUAUAAAGGACAUGCAUCACUUUGAGGAGGAAUUAACGUGUUCCAUUUGCUACAGCAUAUUUGAAGAUCCACGAGUCCUGCCCUGUUCCCAUACGUUCUGUAGGAAUUGUCUGGAAGGUGUUAUUCAGCUGUCCAGCAACUUUUCCAUUUGGAGACCCCUGAGAGUUCCUCUGAAGUGUCCCAACUGUCGCACUGUUGUUGAAAUUCCCGCUGCUGGGACAGAAUCCUUGCCCAUCAACUUUGCAUUGAAAGCGAUUAUUGAAAAAUACCAACAGGAAGAUCACUCCGAUGUCGCUACCUGCAGCGAACACUACAGGCAACCGCUGAACGUUUACUGUCUUUUGGAUAGAAAAUUGGUGUGUGGGCACUGCCUCACAAUAGGAAAACACAACGGUCAUCCCAUAGGCGACCUUCAGAGCGCCUACUUAAAAGAAAAGGAGACUUCUGGAAAACUUCUCGAGCAGCUAACCGAUAAACACUGGACUGAUGUGUGCUUGCUUAUUGAAAAGCUGAAAGAACAGAAGUCCCAGUGUGAAGGCGUUGUUCAGGAUGAUAAAAAAGUAGUACUCCAGUAUUUUAAGAAACUUAGUGAUACCUUGGAGCGGAAAAAACAAGCUCUGCUGACUGCCCUGGAUGAAAUUAACACCCGAAUUUCAGAGGAGUAUGAGCCUCAGAUUGAGAAAUUGAAAAAAAUACGGGAAGAACAGCUUGAGUUAAUGUCAUUGAACACAUCUAUUCAGAAAGAAGAGUCUCCGCUUAUUUUUCUUGAGAAGGUGGAUGAUAUGCAUCAACGUAUAAAAGCUUUGAAGCAGAAGCAGCUACCGGAUGUUAAACCUGUGGAGAUUUAUCCGAGGAUUGGGCACCUGCUGAAAGAUGUGUGGUCUAAAACUGAAAUCAGUCAGAUCAACAAGGUCCUCAUUCCAAAAAUAAAACUGAUUCCGAAAAGGAAGUUAUGCAGCCAGGGCAGUGGAAAGGGAGGAAGAGAAUCUACAGAACUCCUCCAGGCUGUACAUCCUGCAGCAGUCCUGCUGCUGCUUACAGUCGCAGCAGUAGCUCUGCUUUCAUUUCACAAGCUGUUACCAUCAGCUGUAAUCGAAGCUACUCCUGCUUGUAUCUCAGAAUCCUUGCUGCUGUUUUAUGAAGAUUUCCACACCCAGUUGCAGAAUUUAGCGGAUGUGCUGUGCCAUACGUUUAACUUACUGACAGAGCUUUUAGGCAGAAUUGUCUCUCUUUGACUAUUUUAGUAAUCAGAUUAAAGGUCAGUGUAGUAAUCCACAGGAUUUAUUUUUUUUUUAAUUUCUAAAAGCUGCAUUGUUAAAGGUCUACACUUUUCCUAUUUCCAAAUCCUUCCUUUUUCUGUUGUCUAGAUUUCCUCUUAGCUAACUCUUAGUUAACUGAGGAGAUCUGCAGCAGGAAAGGCUCCUGCAGUACGGUAGGUUGGUGUUUGCUUAAAGUGGAAGCUGGUCAGAAACAUCGUCUGCCCCAGACAGCUGUAAUCAGCUCGCAGCCUGUAAUCUGGAGUCCCCUUUGUAAAAACUCCUUCAACAUCUAUUUUUUUAAUUUUGGUAACAGAAUUUUAAAUUGUUAAUUUAAUAAAAGCACUACAACAUCGGAACACCUCAGCCUGCAGAGCAGCUGGUCCUAGAUGGGUUUGUCACUAGCUUUGCCAUAUGGAAACCUCCUAUUUUGGGUUUUACUGGCCUCUCUGUAUUUUAAUUGAUAGACCCGUGCUUUUUAAAGCCUGUAAUCAUAGCCCUGUUUCAUUUGCUUUGUUCCUGGUUAUUAGUGGAUGACAGGAUUUUUUUUUUUUUAAACCUCUGUUUAACAACAUUGCGUUUAACAACUUUGUUUAACAACUUUUCACAUGGUUUUGCCCCCUUCUUGGAGCAGUAUCUGCAGGGCUCCUGGGAAAAUACCACAUACAGGUUUUUUUUUAGUGCCAGCUGCACACAGAUCAGGUGUUUAGUCUGGCAAGUAGCUCUCCCUGCUUACUAAAACCAGCCCCGACUUCACUAAAAUAAUUUCAUACACAGUGAAAAUAAGACAGAACUCUAGGCAGUAGCAAAACUCCCACUCAAGUCAGCAGUGUGAGGAUUUCAGGUGUUGUCAAGAGCUCUUAAAACAACUUGGCAAUAAAUGUGAAUUUCUCUUUACAAUUUAUUUCAAUUCUCAAUCUUGUAAAUUUUAACUUUUCAGGAGUGAACCCUUGUGAAAGCUCGUUUUGGCCUUUGGCUGUUAACAGGCUGAUUUCCAGCAAGCUGUGGGGUGUUGUGGCUACAACAGCAGAGUGCAGGUGAGCCUGCAAGUCACCAAGAAGCUGAAAAGGCGUGUUCACUGUGUCCAGUUAGAUUUUACUUGAUAAAAACAGUAAGUCUGUUCUAGCCUGGCAGCACUGCUUGGCUGUUGUGUGGUUUUAAAUAAUAGAAGUUUAAAUAGUGAUUGAAUUUUGAAUAAUUAAGGCAGUCUUUAACUGCUUGGCAUUUUAAACCCUUGUGCAAAACCAGACUUGCCUGUUGCUACCAGCAGAGGCUACUGGGGUCCAGCAGGCUAGCGGCCACCAGGCUUCAGGGGAGCAGAGCACAAGGCCAGUGCUCAGGGAUGACGCAGCUCCGGUCCUCAAGCCUGAAGAAAGGUCCCGAUUAACAAUUUCGGUAUCAAAUAUUGCUCUGUUGAUAAAACACUGAAGAGCAGCUUCCUCAAAUUAAUCAAUUAAUUACCAAACAGCUACAACUGGCUCCUUCCUGGACUGUGCAGGCCCCUCCCUGCCACUCGGGAGCCUUUGACCUCUGUGGCAGGAGCACUUCUGGAAUUUGUACAGAUGCUUUCUGUGGAUUUUUAGAGUUGGAAAGGCAAAUCCCACAAAUACAGCCGGUCAGGGUUUGAAAUGGUGUUUAAAUGCAUCCUGGGACUGCAUAAAUGCUGUCAUAUUAAUUGCCUGAUAAAGGUGGGAAUUUUUAUCUUCAGCCCUAUUCAAAGGCGGUCACUUGGCACCCAAGUCUCAAAACCUGGUGCUAAGUGUCCACUACCCUGCGAGGCUUCUUUGACUUUCCUGUCUUUUGUUUUCCUGACUUUUAACUUAGAGUUUAUAACGCAAUUUUAUUUUUCAAGACUACAGGAAUUUAUAAAAUGCCUUUACCACCAACUGAAACCUUUAGUACUCGUACUUCUAAUGCAUUAUGUAUUUUAAUAAACUUGCAUAUUGAAUAAAAUAUAUUCUUACAG